AUGACAGCAAGUCCAUUUGAAAUAGUAUUUGCAGUUCCAAUGGAAUGUAAAUCAUGUGUAGAAUCAGUAGCAAAUGCAUUAAAACCUUUAGAAGGUAUUCAAAAAUUUGAUAUAAAUUUAAAUUCAAAUUUAGUUACAACAGAAGGUUCCUUACCACCAAGUGAAAUUGUAAAAGCUAUACAAUCAACUGGAAGAGAUGCAAUUAUAAGAGGUACGGGAAAACCAAAUUCUGCAGGAGUUUGUAUAUUAGAAUCAUUUGAUCCAAAAGAUAUAAAACAACCAGUAAAAGGUUUAGCAAGAAUUGUUCAAGUUUCACCAAAUGAUGCAUUUAUAGACUUAACAAUUAAUGGAUUACCUAAAGGUAUAUAUUAUCCAUCAAUUCGAACUUCUGGAAAUUUAUCAAAAGGAGCAUUAUCAACAGGUGCAUUAUUUUAUAAAUUAGAUUCAAUAAAUGUAGAUAAACCAUCAAAUUCAUCAACUAUUAUAGAUUCUUUAGGUGCAGCAAAUUCUUCUCAAGAUUCAUAUUCUGGUCAAUCUUAUUUAUAUGCAAAAUUAAAUGUUAGUGAUCUAAUUGGUAGAAGUAUUAUAUUAUCAAAAUUUUCAAAUGAAAUUAGUCCUGAUUCAUUAUGUGGUGUUAUAGCUAGAUCAGCUGGUGCUUGGGAAAAUGAUAAACAAGUUUGUUCAUGUAGUGGUAAAACUGUUUGGCAAGAAAGAUCUGAAGCUAAAAAUAAAGGUAUAACUGUAUAA